AUGGCCGUGGUGGUGGCAACCGCCAGAGCCAUGGGCAUCUCAUUGCCCACAGAUCCGGGUCUGUGCCACUCGGCGCUCUCCCCUAAGGCUUCUCUGGAAGCGCUGGACCCCAGGGCUCGUCGAUGCCCGCCACCUCUUGCGGCGAUGUCCCUCUCCACCUUCGGGUGGCAAAGCCAAGCAGUGGCAUGA